CCUAACGUUACUGUUGUUCAGUCACACAGGCUCAGCUAGAAGAAAAUAUGCAGCUAUGUUGUCAUUGACGUUUAUUGCUCUGUUGGGUUUAUUGAGGGUGUCUGUGUCUGGCUUAUAAGCCCAGAGUUCUCUGUAGUUUGUUAGCCAGAGUAGCCUCAAUAGCCAUUUUAACAUGAAGAAGUCAACAAGUGCUAUCAUGAUGCAUACCAUCACUGUUGCUGUAUGCAGCCUAGUGCUGGUUGCUCAAGGGCAGAUGGACGACGACGAAUGGCUUGAUCCGCAUGAUAUGCUGAACUACGAUCCAAGCUCAAAGACCAUGAGAAAGCCUGCUCAACCGGUUGAGGUACAUUACGAAGCAGCUGUGCAAUGCAUGUUUCCGUGCCAUGAGUUGAAAUCAUUCUAUUGCUUUGUUGUUUGUGUUUUUCCUUUGCCAUGUUUCAUAUUAUAGUAACUAUAUGAAACAAAAUGCUGAAGUGUGAAAAUACAGCAAACUGUCUUGUCUCGUGAUAUUAAUGUAAUCGGAUAACUAAAUGAAAUUCAUCUUCACAGCUGAGUAAUUACCCUAAUGUACCCACCAAAAGAAGGGAAUACAGCCAGGACUCAGAUCAAGUGGAAGUAAAGGAGUGCAACAACAAAGUGGAAGGGUUACAAAGAGAGGUUCGUUUUGGAAACAUUAUUUUGGACAACCUCUCUUAAAUGCUUAUUUAUGAAACAGUGGCAAAGAGUCACUUUUCUGUGUUAUUAUUAUUUUUUUUUAGAUUGAAGGGUACAAGAAGAAGAUUACACAUAUUGCACAGCAGCCGUCAUGCAACCCAGUGUUCAAGCGAUUCCUCACCAAGCUUCUGAAGGAGAUUGAAAAAGUUGGCCUGGUAUGUUUUGGCAUUCUCUCAACUCUUAUGAACGCCGACAAUCGAUGUAUCUUAUUCUCUUUAUGUAAAACAAUUUUAAAUGUAUGUUACCACCUUGGAAUGUAGUAUGCUGUCUGUAUGCCAAGUGCAUAUACUUUAUGUACUAUUCUAUUCCAUUCCUUGUCUAACCACCAGCCUACCGAUCUCAAGAACGAUAUCCACUACGACGCCAAAGUGAGACUUUCUCGGCAAGCAGUGGCGGAGAUCCGGAAGCUUCUGGAGGGAAUGGACACCUGGAGAACGGGGGCUCUGGACGAUGCCCUCAGCCAGAUCCUGGUGGAUCUCAAACCACAUGACUUCGAGGCCUGGAGAUGGCACUUUGAGGACACCUUUGGUGUGGAGAUCGACAUGGUCAUGAAGGUGAGAAUGCGUAGCAUUGCUGAAAACUACAUGGAUUUACCACCGCACACACCAUGUUUUAUAAUGUGGUUUGCCUAAAGCAGGGAUGGGCAACUCCAGUCCUCAGGGCACGAGUGGUAUCACACUUAUUCCCCAUGCCUAGCAAACACAGCUGAUUUUAAACUAAUUGCAUUCUAAACUGAAGAUCAUGGUUAGUUGAUUAUUGGAGUCAGGUGUGAUAGCUUGGGCUGGGGCAAAAGUGACACCAAUCAGGCCCCAGAGGACUGGAGUUGCCCAUCCUUGAUCAAAAGGAAUUGAUGAUUAGACUGUUUGUAAAGUAGUCUACACGGGCAGUGAGGAUGAAAUCAUUUGUUUAACUUUUCUUUUAACGUGAGGAAACAUCUUUUGACCUUCAUACAAGAAAACAGUAGGCUAGGACUAGCCUAUAAAAAAGCAACAGGAUAUAAAAACAAAACUUAAAAUACUGCGCUGGCUGGCCUGUCUGAUCUUUGCUUGAUCUACUCAAUUGACUCAGGUACGUAAUGACUGACUGAGAAGCACAUAAAGCUAAAUGGCACAUUUGUGUCAUCAUUAGUAGAAAUAAACCACUCCGAUUCAGAGCACAGUCAUUUUAAACUCAAUUCAAGACAAACAAGAGACAGAACUGACACCACUCGUUGGCAUUCCAGCAGCAGGAAUAUUUAUCAUUGAAAUUACACUGCCUUCAGAAUGUAUUCACACCCCUUUACUUUUUCAAAAUGUUGUUGUGUUACAGCCUGAAUUUAAAAUUAAUUCAAUUGAGAUUAUUUCUCAGUGUCCUAUAGACAAUACCCCAAGAUGUUAUGUUUUUAGACAGUUUUACAAAUGCAUCAAUAAGUAUUCAAACCCUUUGUUGAGGCAAGCCUAAAUAAGUUCAGGAGUAAAAAUGUGGUUAAUAAGUUGGACUCACUCUGUGUGCAAUAGUGUUUAACAUGAUUUUUGAAUGACUACCUCACCUCUGUACCCCACACAUACAAUUAUCUGUAAGGUCCCUCAGUCAAGCAGUGAAUUUCAAACACAGAUUCAACCACACACACCAGGGAGGUUUUCCAAUCAGGGCAUAACAUUUACACCCGCCAAAUGCGGGUACAUUUAAGUAUUGGCGGGUAAGACGUCUAUUUCACCAUACACGUUGGCUGUGUAUUUCUGCUGUUUUGUUUCAUAGCUGCUAAUCGCACAAAGAAAUACGAAUCCUAUAUCCCACCUCACGCAGCAAUACUGCCUGGCAGGAGAGCUGUGCGCUCUGAGUGAAGUGCUGAUAGAUUCAGCAUGUUGAAGUUAUUAAUUACACUUUGGAUGGUGUAUCAAUACACCCAGUCAGUACAAAGAUACAGGCGUCCUUCCUAACUCAGUUGCCGGUGAGGAAGGAAACCACUCAGGGAUUUCACCAUGUGCCAAUGGUGACUUUAAAACAGUUAGAGUUUAAGGGCUGUGAUAGGAGAAAACUGAGGAUGGAUCAACAACAUUGUAGUUACGCCACAAUACUAACCUAAUUGACAGAGUGAAAAGGAAGCCUGCACAGAAUAACAAUAUUCCAAAACAUGCAUCCUAUUUGCAACAAGUAAAACUGCAAAAAAUGUGGCAAAGCAAUUCACUUUUUGUCCUGAAUACUAAGUGUUUUGUUUGGGGCAAAUCCAAGACAACACAUUACUGAGUACCACUCUCCAUAUUGUCAAGCAUAGUGGUGGCUGCAUCAUGUUAUGGGUAUGCUUGUCAUCGUUAAGGACUAGGGAGUUUUUCGGUAUAAAAAAAGAAACAAAGCUAAGCACAUGCAAAAUCCUAGAGGAAAAGCUGGUUCAGUCUGCUUUCCACAGACACUGGGAGAUUAAUUCACCUUUCAGCAGGACAAUGACCUAAAACACAAGGCCAAAUCUACACUGGAGUUUCUUACCAAGAGAGUGAAUGUUCCCAAGUGGCUGAGUUACAGUUUUGACUUAAAUCUGUUUGAAAAUCUAUGGCAAAACUUGAAAAUGGUUGUCUAGCAAUGAUUAACAACUAAUUUGACAGAGCUUGAAGAAUUUGGAAAAUAAUAAUGGGCAAAUAUAGUACAAUCCAGGUGUGCAAAGCUCUUUAGAGACUUAUCCAGAAAGCUGUAAUCGCUGCCAAAGGUGAUUAACAUGUAUUGACUCAGGGUUGUGAAUACUUAUGUAAACUAGAUAUUUCUGUAUUUCAUUUUCAAUAAAUGUGCAAAGAUUUCUAAACAUGUUUUCACUUUGUCAUUGUGUAGAUGGUUGAGAUUUUAUUUGAAUACAUUUUGAAUUCAGGCUGUAACACAGCACAUGUGGAAUAAGUCAAGGGGUGUGAAUACUUUCUGAAGGUACUGUAUGUAAAGGACCUUCUCUCUCUUCCAGGUGUCUGUGUGUGUCUUAAUCAUAGUGGUCAUCAUCUGCAGCGAGAUGUGGUCUAUAGUCUCCUGGUUUGUCCAGUUCAAGCGAAUCUUUGCCAUCUGCUUUCUCAUCAGUCUGGUCUGGAAUUGGUUCUAUCUCUACAAGGUAAAUUACCAAUAUACACACUUCCAUGCAUUUCAUAACAUUUCCACAUGCUAAUUACCCCUUACUGUCUAUGGUGCUUUAUGUUUAGUAGUAAAUUAAUAUAAUUAUCUGAAAGAAUAGGUACAAAGCUCCUUUACUGCCAGUGGCCAUUCUGGCAGCCUUCAGUGUAGGGUUUUCCUGAUUCAGGAUUGGUUCAUGUUCUCCGAGGGUAAAAAUGUAGGCCAAACACUACAACAAUAUUGCAGGUCUCUGCAAAUAACGUUUUUGGGUGGGUUUAUAAGCAGGUAAGGAAAUAGCACAAAGUUAUUUCAGGUAUUUCUAAUAUGCCGUCUCUAUUCUUCAAAACUCAAAGCCAACUAAAUUUAAGGAACACCACCAAGGAAUAUCUUGAGAAAAACAAAAUGUCUUACGAGGAGAGCUAGACUGUGACAGAUUAUAUUUGAUUGGGAGAUCGAUGAGAGGGAUAAAAGCAGUCGUAGUCCUGGGGUUCUAACUGGUCCCGGGGAUGGCAGCACUACCGCUACACCAGCCUCCAGCACACCAAUGACAGUUAAUCCACCAUAUAUUAUUGGAUUUUCUCGACCUGUCAGAUUGCCUUUGCCGAGCACCAAAACAAAAUGGUGAAGAUGGAGGGCGUCGACGCAAAAUGCACUGGAAGGAAGAAAAUCGACUGGUGGGAUAACUUGAAGGGUGAGAUGUAAAAAUAAUACUUGAGCAUGGCAUCACAUAUCUUUCCACGGGGGAUCAGAUUUUCCUCAUCUCAGAAAUAUAAGUGAAAGUACAUUUUAUUGAAUGCGUCAUACUUUCAUAAUCAUUGGUGCAUGAAGACACAAAGUACACAUUACUUCUCACUCGUUUCUGGCAAAUAAUGUAAUGCCGUUUAAGAAAAGAACUUAAGACACAUGGGCUUAUACAUUUUGACCAUUUUGUUGCAUUAAGUUUACUGUGGAAAUGCACAUCGGUUUGUUGUCGUGAAGCUUACUGUGGUGUACUCCUCCCUGCCUGUACCACAGAUUGGUACAGAGGUGCCAUGACUCUCCAAGACGAUCCCUGUAAGAUGUACUACGAAGUCCUCAUGGUCAACCCCAUCCUUCUCGUACCACCAACUAAGGUAACCUAUUUUUGGCGACCAGGGAAAGUCAAUUUCCAUUUAGUCAAUUCAGGAAGUAAACUGACAUUCCACUUCCAGUUUUCAGUCUACUUCCGGAAAUGACUGCAUUGAAAUACACUGCUCAAAAAAAAUAAAGGGAACACUAAAAUAACACAUCCUAGAUCUGAAUGAAUGAAAUAAUCUUAUUAAAUACUUUUUUCUUUACAUAGUUGAAUGUGCUGACAACAAAAUCACACAAAAAUUAUCAAUGGAAAUCAAAUUUAUCAACCCAUGGAGGUCUGGAUUUGGAGUCACCCUCAAAAUUAAAGUGGAAAACCACACUACAGGCUGAUCCAACUUUGAUGUAAUGUCCUUAAAACAAGUCAAAAUGAGGCUCAGUAGUGUGUGUGUGGCCUCCACGUGCCUGUGUGACCUCCCUACAACGCCUGGGCAUGCUCCUGAUGAGGUGGCGGAUGGUCUCCUGAGGGAUCUCCUCCCAGACCUGGACUAAAGCAUCCGCCAACUCCUGGACAGUCUGUGGUGCAACGUGGCGUUGGUAGAUGGAGCGAGACAUGAUGUCCCAGAUGUGCUCAAUUGGAUUCAGGUCUGGGGAAUGGGCGGGCCAGUCCAUAGCAUCAAUGCUUUCCUCUUGUAGGAACUGCUGACACACUCCAGCCACAUGAUGUCUAGCAUUGUCUUGCAUUAGGAGGAACCCAGGGCCAACCGCACCAGCAUAUGGUCUCACAAGGGGUCUGAGGAUCUCAUCUCGGUACCUAAUGGCAGUCAGGCUACCUCUGGUGAGCACAUGGAGGGUUGUGCGGCCCCCCAAAGAAAUGCCAUCCCACACCAUGACUGACCCACCGCCAAACCGGUCAUGCUGGAGGAUGUUGCAGGCAGCAGAACGUUCUCCACCGCGUCUCCAGACUCUCACGUCUGUCACGUGCUCAGUGUGAACCUGCUUUCAUCUGUGAAGAGCACAGGGCGCCAGUGGCGAAUUUGCCAAUCUUGGUGUUCUCUGGCAAAUGCCAAACGUCCUGCACGGUGUUGGGCUGUGGACAUCGGGCCCCCACCUGUGGACAUCGGGCCCUCAUACCACUCUCAUGGAGUCUGUUUCUGACCGUUUGAGCAGAUACAUGUACAUUUGUGGCCUGCUGGAGGUCAUUUUGCAGGGCUCUGGCAGUGCUCCUCCUGCUCCUCCUUGCACAAAGGUGGAGGUAGCAGUCCUGCUGCUGGGUUGUUGCCCUCCUACGGCCUCCUCCACGUCUCCUGAUGUACUGGCCUGUCUUCUGGUAGCGCCUCCAUGCUCUGGACACUACGCUGACAGACACAGCAAACCUUCUUGCCACAGCUCGCAUUGAUGUGCCAUCCUGGAUGAGCUGCACUACCUGAGCCACUUGUGUGGGUUGUAGACUCCGUCUCAUACUACCACUAGAGUGAAAGCACCGCCAGCAUUCAAAAGUGACCAAAACAUCAGCCAGGAAGCAUAGGAACUUAGAAGUGGUCUGUGGUCACCACCUGCAAAACCAGUCCUUUUAUUGGGGGUGUCUUGCUAAUUGCCUAUAAUUUCCACCUGUUGUCUAUUCCAUUUGCACAACAGCAUGUGAAAUGUAUUGUCAAUCAGUGUUGCUUCCUAAGUGGACAGUUUGAUUUCACAGAAGUGUGAUUGACUUGGAGUUACAUUGUGUUGUUUAAGUGUUCCCUUUAUUUUUUUGAGCAGUGUAGAAUUGACCCCAACCCUGUUGACGGCUAACCUAUUCCACAGGCCAGGACUGAAAGAUAGUCACCCAUACCUUACUCUUGCCAUGCAAUUAACAACUAUUUGAGUAUCCCCAAAUGCAAAAAGUGCAAUGUUUUUCACUUCUAUUCAAACUUAAACUUUUGUCUAUUUAACAAUUGAAUUUCAAUGUAAUUCAGUGACUCCAUGUGGGUUUUAUUAAAAACUUCAACUAGAAAGGGAAUUGACCCCAACCCGACUAAACUCUAACAUUUAGCCUAUUUCCUGGACCUGUAGGAUGCAGUGUGAUAAUGUAUUAUCUCUUUGUCUCUGAAGGCUAUCACUAUGACCAUCACCACCUUCUUCACGGAGCCUCUGAAGCACAUUGGUCAGGGGAUCAGUGAGUUCCUACGAGCCCUCCUCAAGGACCUACCAAUCACCUUGCAGAUCCCUGUGCUCCUCACCAUCGUGUUCUCCAUCCUGGUAAGGACAAACACACAAUCAAAGAAGCACUGUCACAAGGUCUGGGGUCAAUUCCAUUUAAAUUCAGUCAAUUCAGGAAGCGAAUUGGUGUUAAAUUCUUGAACGACAAUUUCGAUUUACUUCCUGUGCUGAAAUGGAAUUGACCCCAACCCUGACUGUCACACAGCAGUCAUACUGUUUCCAUAGCCAAUUUCCUGCCUGUCCCUGAAGCAGUAAAUCAAUUCCUCAUCUUCCUCAGGUCUUCAUGUACGGCAGCGCCCAGGCUGCCAUCCAGCAUGGCAUCACCAGACCGCUGUGUGUCGGUGGGCCCAGGGACCCCUCUCCCCCAGCCUUGGACCAGCCCAUGCCCAAGGCCCGUCUGAGAGGGACAGACCACGACCCACUGGCAGGGGGGGACGCCCCUCAACGCUCCCCUCCCCCGCUCAGACGCCGACUAGGACCAGCAGCCAACCAGGGGGUUCAGGACCAGGUCAGGAGUCCCCUCCACAGGGCGCGAAAGGAGCCGACCGUGGAGACUCUGAGGAACGCCGACCGGCGGUACAGCGAGGACAAGAUCGUCUCUGAGGGGUGGGAGGAUUUCACUGACGCAGAGGAUACCGACUCUCUACCGUUAGAGGGUAAUACCGACAUCCAGGAAGAGAUACAACAAGAACCAGUGGUAGUUGGAUCCACAACUGAAGGCAAUAACUCGCAAAAAGCUAAACCCUCUCCAGUGAAAGCCAAACCAAAUGAGGUGUACGUGGCGUCUGAAUCUAAGGGGGUAGCUGACAGCCAGGCUGAGAGGCAGCCCUCACCAACUACACAGGGAAUAAUCGGAGUGGUUUGUGUUGACCUCCACUGA